AUGCUAUUAAAGAAUUGGCUUGUGUUUGCUUUUUUUUUACUAGCAUUGGCUUGUGUUUGCUUUUUUUUUGUUGGUCAUGCUCAUCCUCAAGGAAUUUCAGGAAAUGCAAAUGUUUCUGCACUCUUCGCUUUUGGAGAUUCCAUACUCGAUACCGGCAAUAACAACAACCUCACCACUCUUUCCAAGUGCAAUUACUUCCCGUAUGGUAGAAAUUUUGUAGGCGGAAAAGCUACAGGAAGAUUUGGAAAUGGAAGAGUUUUCUCCGAUCUAAUUGCCGAAGGUUUGAGUUUAAAACCACUCUUACCAGCUUAUCAUGAUCCCAACCUUUCGAACAAUGAUCUCCCGACCGGUGUUUGCUUCGCAUCCGGUGGAUCCGGACUCGAUGAACGCACUGCCAAGCCACAAGGAGUUAUAUGGGUGCCAGAUCAGGUGAAAGAUUUCAAAGAGUAUGUCACUAAACUAAACGGGGUUUUAGGAAACCAAGAAAAAACAAACGCAAUUAUAUCAAACGCCGUUUAUUUAACCUCAGCUGGAAACAAUGAUCUUGUCUUCACCUUUUGGACUGGGAGGUCACAAUCCACUACUUCAGCUUACACUGAUCUCAUGGUCACUUGGACUGAAAAUCUCUUAAAGAGUCUAUAUGAUAUGGGUGCAAGAAAGUUUGCGGUUCUUGGAACGGUACCCCUAGGUUGCUUGCCAGGAAUAAGAAAAAUUGAUGGAGAUAUAUCGAAAUUAUGUUCAGUCCCUGAAAAUCAGUGGGCUGAUACAUUCAACAAAAAUUUAUCUGUGAUAUUUAACACUCUCGAGACAAAACUUCCUGGUGCCAAGUUUUCCUACGUAGACAUGUAUAAUUCUCUUCUUGAUCUCGUCAACAAUCCUCAGGCUUCAGGGUUUACUGAAGUGGCUGAUGCGUGUUAUAUGCCGACGACAUCGCCUAUUCCGUGCCCGGAUGCAUCUCGUUACGUAUUUUGGGAUCGUGCCCACCCUAGCGAGAAGGCAUAUCAAACGAUUGCACCAAAGAUAAUAGAAGAACUCAAGGAUAAACUAGCAUGA